AUGUCAUGGAGGGGCCAGCUAGCUUUCAAGGUUUGUAAUCCAAAUAAACCUGAUAAGUAUGGAGUGAAGCUGUACAUGCUAGCUGAAGCCAAACAUGGUUAUGUCUAUGAUUUUGAGGUGUAUGCAGGAAUUGGGAAGACAACAACUGAAACGGUUAUGGGUUUGAUGGAAUCACUGAAGAACAAAGGUUACCAUUUAUUUAUGGAUAACUACUAUAACUCUGCUCAACUGAGUGAAAAGCUCCUUGAAGAAGGUGUAUACACCUGUGGUACUCUCAGAUUGCAGUGUGGUGCCCCAAAAGAUCUUCAGCUUCAAGCAAAGGGUAAACUGCCAGUAGAUAAAACAGUAUUCCGACAUAAGGACAAUACUUUUACAAUUCUGUGCAAGGAUAAGCGAGUUGCUUCACUCAUCACAACUUCCCACAAUGCAGAUACACAACAAGUGGAACGAAGGAAACGUGUACACAAACCUGACGGAACAUCUUCAUUGCAACAAGUCACUGUGAACAAACCAAAUCCAAUCUGUGACUACAAUAACAACAUGAAAGGUGUUGAUCACUUCGACCAAACAGUCAGAUAUCAUUUCACAUGGAAAUGUCACAAGUGGACGAAGAAAAUCAUGUUCUACUUUAUGCAAAUGGCUAUCCAUAAUGCUUUUGUGUUAUACCAGUACUAUACAACCGAUACAAAGAAACUCACAUUGCUACAGUUCCAUAAAGUCAUCAUUUGGUCACUACUGAAUUUUGACCAAGAAGUGGCCUUUCCAAAAUGA